AUGGCAAUACGCAUACCAACUGCUAAGGAACUGAGAAGUAUCAAGCAUUACUAUGGGUUUAAAUAUCUUUUGAACUCGCAGACUCAUGAAAGCAUAUUUCAAAAGCUUCAAAUAGAAGCUAAAUACAAGGAUUUAUCGAAGUUAAAAGUCUUGGACUUGUAUCCCGGCCCAUCAAACCAUUCGGCUUUGUUUGUUAAUUUAUUUAAACCUGCCCAGUACAUGUUAAUGGAUUCCCGGCCUGACUUUCUGAGACAUAUCGAAUCUUUUACAAAAGGAACGAGCCUGCAAUUCUACAAGCACGACCCAUACGAGUGGAAAUCAUACAUAGACCUUAUAGAAAAAGAUAAACUGUUCAUUCCCUCCAUAAAGCCAAGAGAUCUUGUUCAUGAUGAGUGUCUGGUAAUUGCUAAUCUUACGGGAAUGAUUGGAGAAGGACUGUUCAUGCAGUGGCUAGCAUGCAUCGGCAAUAAGAAUUGGCUUCAGAAGUAUGGAAGAAUAAGGAUGCUUGUUUGGGUCCCUGAAUCAACGGCAAUAAAAGUGCUGGCUAAGCCAGGCGAACAGAUACGUUCAAAGUGUUCCGUAGUUGCAGAUACCUUCACGGAUACUAGACUCAUUGCGACAACAAACAGCACUUCGUUAAGAAAAUUUAACUCUAAAAUUUUAGAGAAACACGAACCAAUCUUAUUCCCUACUGAGGACAUAUGGCUGACUGGUGGAAAGCCCAUCAGCUUAUUAGAAGUAACCCCUAAAGAACAUAAUGUCGACCUGGAUAAUUGGGAUUACGUUACAAAGCAUUUACUGAUCCUCAAAAGCACACCUUUAUUGGAAGCAUUGGAUUCUCUGGGCCAUGGGGCGAAGGAUUACUUCACUGGGAAGCUUGACCGGGAGUUUCUAAAGAAAACGGCAAAAGAUCUUGAUACUGAAGAAUUCUUGUACUUGACCAACUUGUUUGACAAAUGGCCAUUCAAGCCUGAUAUUUAUAUGGAUUUCAUUGAUGUAUUUCAGGAUAACGAUUAG